AUGCGCAAAUUCAGGACAGUCAUUUUGUUCCUCGUUAUUUACCUCUCGUUUUACCUGACCCGUUCAUACAAUGACAACUUCGACGAUAUCGUAAUUGUGGACGAGUCGGAGGAGGACCGGAUGAAAAGUGCUGGAGGUGCAGAGAAAGGUGCAAAGAAAGGGUUAGAUACAGAGGCCGCGUCAGAGGCAGAGAGCGAGGCCGAGCCGGAUGCCGAGUCGGAUGCCGAGAGCGACGCCCAACAGCUGAUACACUCCUGGGCGGGCGACAACGAAAACCUGCUGUACCUCAAAAUAGGGAUUUUCCUGUGCCUACUGGUAGUGACCAUCGCGAACGGAGUGGUGGGCAGAAAGACGAACAGAACGAUCGCCCUCUACUGGCUGAGAUCAUGCAAAGAUAUUUUCCUCCAAAAUUUUGCCAAAUUGGGAAAUGAAAAAUCUUUUUUAUUUGAAAAGUCAUAUGACAAGUUUGAGUUUUACUGUACAGGUAGGAAGCACUGCAAUUACUAUUUCGUUAAUUUAAAUUUAUGCAAAAGGCAAUGUCUCUGGAGGUAUUACCUGCUUAGCCAUUUUGUGAAAGAGAACGACAGCAUGAGUGUAGCCAUUCAUUUUGAUAAGCUAGAUAAGGGGGUUCUGUGUGUAUUUAAAAAGCACCAGAAGAAGUACAUCGAUUGCCGCUUCCCCAAUUUAAACAAAUACACAAAAAUGAUGGCGAAAAAGGAAUUGAAGGGAAGCUACGAAAUUAAGGGGGACUCCAAUGAAAUUAUGGAGUUAGUCCUGAAUGGAAAAAUAUUAAAUUUUCUGAACACCUACGAUAGGUAUGUAAACUACGUGUGCAUCACGGACAUUGCUCUGUUUGACUCGGAGGACAGGCUCAGUGGGGAGAAGGAGGAGAAGCACCCGAGUGAGCAGAAAGAUCAACAGGGAAACAGGGGAGGGAAACACAAGUUCUGCUUCCUCAACUUUGUCAUCCCCAAAAAUGUCGAAGACCUCCGCACGCUGGUGAGCUUUUCAAUCUACAUGAUCGACGCUUGCUACUGCAUCGAGCUGUCGGAAAAGGUCAGGGACCACGUGAGGAAGAUGCGAAGCAUUGUGGAGAAGGAGGACUUGAGGAAAAAGCAGCAACUGAAGGAAUUGCAGGAGCGGAAGAAGGCCCAGAAAUUGCAAGAGGAGAAGGAGAGGGUUGAAAAGAUGUCCGCCGAGCAGCAGCGGAAGUACGAGGAGAAGAAGCAGAAGAAGAGCUUGAAGAAGAUGAAGAAAAUUAAAAUUAUAAAGAUGUGACGUUUGCCGCGAAUUUGGGGCGGUGUGAUUUGGAGUAGCGUGAUUUGGAGUGGCGUAGUUUGGAGUGGCGUAGUUUGGAGUGGCGUAGUUUGGAGUGGCGUAGUUUGGAGUGGCGUAGUUUGGAGUGGCGUAGUUUGGAGUAGCUUAGUUUAAGUUACCACUUUUUUUGCCUUUUUUUUGCCUUUUUUUUGCCUUUUUUUCGCCUUUUUUUUGCCCUUUUUUUGCCCUUUUUUUGCCCUUUUUUUGCCUUUUUUUCGCCAUUUUUUCUGUCCCUUCUACACCAUUUGUUUGAUUUGUCCCCCAUCGGCGCGCAGCCACUUCGUUUUUCCUCCCACGCCGCAGCGAGGAGGCCGAACGAACGUCUCACCGCUCGCGCGUUUGUCACAGCUUGAUGCGUUUUGCCAUUUAAGUUUAAGUUUUUCC